AUGUACUGGUGUAAAAACAAUGUGUCUCUGAAGGACUUGGCUAUGUACAUCAAUGAAGUGAAGAGAGACAACGAGACCUUGAAGAAGAUUAGUGAAUUCCAGAACUCGAUCGAGAACCUUGUAAGUAACUUGAUUGUUGUAAACGACAGCAAUUUUCUACAAUCAGCACUGACAUUUCAAUCAAUAAUGAGUGUUGACCCUUUGUACGUUGUCCUGUUGGAUAUUUAAAUCAAAUCAUAUUUUAAAUCAAAUCAAAAUGUAUUCUUCACAUGCUUCUUAAACAACAGGUGUAGACUAACAGUGAAAUGCUUCCUAACAAUGCAGAGAGAAAGAAAAUAGAGAAUUAAUAGAAAAGUAAUAACACGUAAUAAUAAAAGUCAUAAUAAAUACAUAAUGAGUAAUGAUAACUAUAUACACAGGGUACCAGUACCGAGUUGAUGUGCAGGGGACGAGGUAAUUAAGGUAGAUAUGUACAUAGAGUACCAGUCAAAAGUUUGGACACACCUACUCAUUCCAGGGUUUUUCUUUAUUUUUACAAUUUUUUACAUUGUAGAAUAAUAGUGAAGACAUCAAAACUAUGAAACAACACAUAUGAAAUCAUGUAGUAACCCAAAAAGUGUUAAACAAAAAAAUUAAAUAUUUUAUAUGUGAGAUUUUUCAAAGUAGCCACCCUUUGCCUUCUUUGCCUUGAUGACAGCUUUGCACACUAUUGGCAUUCUCUCAACCAGAUUCAUGAGGUAGUCACCUGGAAUGCAUUUCAAUUAACAGGUGUGCCUUGUUAAAAGUUAAUUUGUGGAAUUUCUUUCCUUCUUAAUGCGUUUGAGCCAAUCAGUUGUGUUGUGAAAGGUAGGGGGGGGUAUACAGAAGAUAGCCCUAUUUGGUAAAAGACCAAGUCCAUAUUAUGGCAAGAACAGCUCAAAUAAUCAAAGAGAAACGACAGUCCAUCAUUACUUUAAGACAUGAAGGUCAGUCAAUCCGGAAAAUGUGAAGAAUGUUGAAAGUUUCUUCAAGUGCAGUCGCAAAAACCAUCAAGCGCUAUGAUGAAACUGGCUCUCAUGAGGACCGCCACAGGAAAGGAAGACCCAGAGUUACCUCUGCUGCAGAGGAUAAGUUCAUUAGAGUUACCAGCGUCAGAUAUUGCAGCCUAAAUAAGUGCUUCACAGAGUUCAAGUAACAGACACAUCUCAACAUCAACUGUUCAGAGGAGACUGCGUGAAUCAGGCCUUCAUGGUCGAAUUGUUGCAAAGAAACCACUACCGAAGGACACCAAUAAGAAGAAGAGACUUGCUUGGGCCAAGAAACACGAGCAAUGGACAUUAGACAGGUGGAAAUCUGUCCUUUGGUCUGGAGUCCAAAUUGGAGAUUUUUGGUUCCAACUGCUGUGUCUUUGUGAGACGCAGUGUAGGUGAACGGAUGAUCUCCGCAUGUGUAGUUCCCACCGUGAAGCAUGGAGGAGGAGGUGUGAUGGUGCUUUGCUGGUGACACUGUCUGUGAUUUAUUUAGAAUUCAAGGCACACUUAAACAGCAUGGCUACCACAGCAUUCUGCAGCGAUACGCCAUCCCAUCUGGUUUGGGCUUAGUGGGACAAUCAUUUGUUUUUCAACAGGACAAUGACCCAACACACCUCCAGGCUGUGUAAGGGCUAUUUGACCAAGAAGGAGAGUGAUGGACCGCAAAGUGAAGGAAAAGCAGCCUACAAGUGCUCAGCAUAUGUGGGAACUCCUUCAAGACUAUUGGAAAAGCAUUCUACGUGAAGUUGGUUGAGAGAAUGCCAAGAGUGUCCAAAGCUGUCAUCAAGGCAAAGGGUGGCUACUUUGAAGAAUCUAAAAUAUAUAUUUGGUUACUACAUGAUUGCAUAUGUGUUAUUUCAUAGUUUUGAUGUCUUCACUAUUAUUAUACAAUGUAGAAAAUUGUUAAAAUAAAGAAAAACCCUUGAAUGAGUAGGUGUCCAAACUUUUGACUGGUACUGUAUAACUAGGAAUAAAGUGACAGUAGCAACAGCGUAUGUGAUGAGUCAAAACAGUUAGUGCAAAAAGAGUCAAUGCGGGGUGCUAUUGCUAACUAUUUACCUAACUAUUUAGCAGUCUUAUGGCUUGGGGGUAGAAGCUGUUCAGGGUCCUGUUGGUUCCAGACUUGGUGCAUCGGUACCACUUGCCGUGCGGUAGCAGAGAGAACAGUCUAUGACUUGGGUGGCUAAAGUCUUUGACAAUUUAUUGAGAUUGUCAAGUAUGCAUUUACUGUCAAAUAUUUAUUGAGCAUCAGAGAGUGAUUGUCCAUCCCCCUGGCCCUGACACACUCCCCAAAUUCUCUCUCUCUGUGAACAGCCUGGAACAUUCCUCUCUCUCUGUCUCUCUCUCUCAAUUCAAUUUCUUUAUUGGCAUGGAAACAUAUGUUUACAUUGCCAAAGCAAGUGAAAUAGAUCAUAAAAAAAAGUGAAAUAAACAAUACAAAAAUGAACAUUAAACAUUACACUCACAAAAGUUUCAAAAGAAUAAAGACAAUUGUCAUAUUAUGUGCAAAUAGUUAAAAUACAAAAGGGAAAGUAAAUAAACAUGAAUAUUGGUUGAAUUUACAAUGGUGUUUGUUUACAAUGUCUCUCUCUCUCUCUCUGUCUCUUUCUCUCUCUCAAUCUCUCCUCUCUCUGCUUGCCUCAUCCCUCACUUCCACUUGUCCCACUCAUCUGCAAUUAUCAUGUCUCUCACAAAUUAUUUAUUCUUCCAGAGUGUGAGCAGACAGGCUUUUUAAUUCUCCACCAAUCCAAAACUAAAGUGUGCCGUGCAAGGCAGCGUUUAGUCUAACAGCAGAUGCCUUUUAUUGGCCUUGAUAUGUGCUUUAGAUGAAGCCUCAGAGAUAGCCACAGGCUGCUAUUUCAGAUGUACUGCCUGUCUUGUCUUGUCUGUCAGUCGGUCUGUCCUUUAUGUAUGCUCAUUGUAUCACUGACAUGAAAUAACUGCUGUAUCCAACACACCCUGAUGGGUACCAUACAACCAGUGGUGAAAGAGUCAUGAAUGUCAUAAUGUUUUGCUGUUCUUAUCCUUACCUACUGUUUGUACCACCACUCAUAUUCAUCACUGAAAGAAACUGAGAAGUACAGCAUUAGAUUAAAAGGGCAAUCUACAAUUGCUACAUCCAUUUUUAGACACCUAAAUGAAUGAUAUCUAUCCAAUGAUUCUUCAAGAAUGUAACUUACAGAUGCUUCAUGAGCAUUUGUCAUACCCCAUCAGAACCAAAAUAUUAGCUUGUUUUACUCCUUUGUUUGUAAACAAGGUAUAUGUAAAUAAACACUGUGUAGCCUCAAAACAUGGUUAAAACCAUUGUCAUUCCUUAUAUCCAUAGCUUUGUCCAUGAAUUUGAGAGGGUCAAACAUUUUCAAGCCCCAUCCCUCAGCUGUUUACCAAAUCAGUGGCGGGGUGCACACUUUGAUCGUCUGAACUGCAGAUUGCCACUUUAAUCCAGGCAUGUGUAUGUUACCCAAGCAGCAGGUCAAACUGGAAGAGUAUGGCAGACCAAAGAUAGAUGGAGAGCUCAAGGUGUCCUCCAUAGUCAACCGAACAAAGCAGGACCGGUGAGUAGUGAAGCUUCACUAUGUAAUCCAGACUUACUGAAUGUGUACUAUGUGAUUAACAGACUUUAUAAUGGACAAUACAUGUGUUCGGAGCUCUAACUGAUGUUUUACGAUUCUUUUUCCAAGGUACAUAUUCCUGUUUGAUAAAGUGGUGAUUGUGUGCAAGCGGAAAGGCUACUGCUAUGAACUGAAAGAGAUCAUUGAGCUACAGUCAUACAAAAUGUCUGACGACCCCAUGAACAACAGGGACAUGAAGAAGGUAGGCAGCAGCCUUGAGCUGCAAUUUCUCCUAACACCCUGCUGAAGGGACACACUCAGACCAGGUUCUGCAAUAUCUUAGCAAUCAUUACAAAUGGUGUCCUUGACAUAGAACUGCGGUGACGGUCAUUUCAGAUCAGCACGCUCAUGUGUAAUGCAAUGAAGGUCAUUUACAAUACGGCCGUGUGCAUUUUCCACCAAUCUAACCAUUCUUUUGAAUCUUUUGAAUCUGCAUGCGUGGUCGUGUGCAUGUAUAACUGGGUCUUCUCUGGUGUGUUUCUCUUUGCAUGCAUACCAGUCGAGUGGAAAAAUGGUAAGCUGAAGCAACCCUUAACUCAUCUUCUCAUAGCAGCCAGUGUGUGUGUGUGUGUGUGUGUGUGGUGUUGGGUGUCAUGCCAUGAUUGCAUGUGCACCCACUGGCUAUGUGAUUCUCUUAAGCUUUUGUCAGAUGCAUUGCCAAGCAUGAACACUAUCUCUUGGUUAGCUCCAAAGGGAAUGUGUAGCCUAUAGAAAGUACCUUUUGUUAGUAUACAUGAUUGUUUAGGGGAAUUUGUUACAACCCUCCUCGUCUGUCCCCCACCACUCUCUCCAUCUACCUCCAUGUUUCUUUCUCUCUACCAUCCUUUCUUCAUUUCUUCACUCACUCUCUCUGCAGUGGUCCUAUGGCUUCUACCUGAUCCACCUGCAAGGGAAGCAGGGUUUCCAGUUCUUCUGUAAAACAGAGGACACCAAGAGGAAAUGGAUGGAGCAGUUUGAGAUGGCCAUGUGAGUACAGUAGUAGGCCUAUAGUAGCAGCAUGCAGCCGAGUGGAUCUUUCAGACUAAUCAGACCCAUUUCAUUCAAACUCACUAUGUAUCAUGUAUGUUUCCUCCAAUCCCAAAGGUCAAACAUCAAGCCGGAGAAAGCCAUGGCCAAUCUGCACAACUUCCAGAUGCACACGUUUGAGAAGAACACCAACUGCCGAGCUUGCAAGAUGCUGCUGAGGUGAGACUAGGCACCAGCCGCAGGGCUCCUCCCAUGUACCGGGCCUUAUCAUGCACUUUGUUGACGGAUGACAGCACAGUUUUCUAAUGGGAUGUGGUACUUACUGACGCUACACGCUUACUUUGAUAUUCAGUCUUUUUAGCUUGCCAGGCUGUCUAAACUCCCUGAAUGACAAAUCACUCAGCCUUUGAGUCUGUUUGAUUUGACUGACAGCUAGAACACCCAAGUAAACACUCCAUUACAGUAGGCCUGCAUCUAAGUUGACAAUGUGAGUGCAGCUCCAGCGCUAUGCUGUGCACUCUUCUGACUACUACUCUUAAACUCUUCAGACUUCUACUACAGUGGCUGUCUACACUCUACACUCCAUGCAAUGUAUUGACCCAAAAACAACAUAGUAGCAACGCUGACCUAAAUUCCCACCCGGUGCUGUGGAAGGACCAGUGUGCUGCUACCACUAGCUGCUAACUGCUAAUUGCAUCAGUAGCCCCAGUGUAUUAGUCUGAUGUAUGGUGCUAGCUAUUGGACAUGACAGUGUAUAGACUGCAGAGUAUACACGUGCCGUAUUUUACAUAACGUAAAAAGUAAUCCACUUUAUUGUGUGGCCUGAAAGAAAGAGUGGAACGCUUACGGUGGAUGUAGUGAAUUUAAUUUAGUGGGGGCUUUUAUUCAAAGAGACAGUCAGUUAACACCAAUAGACAGUGUGUGACCACACAGGAAUCAACAGUGUAUACUAGGAAAGUACUAGCAUAGAAUCACAUAUGGUUAAUGUUGUACAUUAUAUUCUAUUUAGAGUGAUGUUUAGAUAAAGACAUGUUCUAGCUGGUCAGGGUUAGGAAUGAUCCUGUGCAUGAUUGGGUAGUCAGUGUCAGUCUUUUCCUCACCCCUGACCCCCCAACUCUCUGUGUCUCUCUCUCUCUCCCAGGGGGAUCUUCUACCAGGGGUACUACUGUUCCCGCUGUGGGACUGGAGCACACAAAGAGUGUCUGGAGUGCAUCACAAUCUGUAAAAUCAGUAGGUUUACUUUACGCUCAACUCCAGUACUAUACAUUACAGUGGUACUGCACAGGUAUAAGAGCAACUUAAUGUGAAGUGUUACUGACAAGUCUCCCUAGAUACACACUGUUCAAUGGGACAUGAAGAAAUACUGAGUUGGAACAUUGUGUUGACCAACUGCUCUUUCUCUUCCUUUCUCUCUCAUUUUUUCAGAUCCACUCGACACGGUGAGUGUUUCACCCUCCCGCUUCUUAGACAUUCAGCUUUGUCACCUUUUGAAGAGUGCAAUCUAUUGUUUCAUGAAUAAGUUCUCAUAUUGCUGUUUUAUUGAUAAAUGAUUGAUACAUCUGUUUGGUUGUGUAGCAUCAUAACACUACUAUAAGCUCCACUGUGGAGCUCCCUUAUCUUGACCCUGUAAUGUGUUGGUCCUUCCUCUUUCAGGACCCUGGACUACCGUCAUCAGGUAGGAAUGCUGUGCAUACGGGAAUUCACAUAGCACAGUGUAAUGUUAGUCAGUCAGAAAUCCCCAAAAUGUACAGCAGACUUCGAUAAGGAUUGCUCUCAAGCUGUCAAACUAACUUUAAGUUGUUUGGAAGGUGGAGUAGAGCUACAGCUCUCUGCUGCCUUCUAGUGGAAGUCUACAAUGCAAGUGCUGAUUGAGUAGACUAAAACAAGUGAUGGAAGUGUUGAGAUGUAUAUGGAGAAUUCUCUAUAGUCUUCAUAGCCUAUUGGAAGAGUGUUCAGUUUAUCUUACUGUAUGCAUUUUAUCCUGGCUUCAGGCCCUAAGAUGGUGGCAGUAAGGAACUAUCAUGGGACGCCUGUUCCUCCAGGGAAGACUCCACUAUCCUUUCAGACAGGGGACUUCAUCGAGCUGCUGAAGGGGGAACCUGACACCACCUGGUGGGAGGUAAAAUCACUCCCUCACCCCUAUAAAUACUGACUAUAGGUUAUCCACUAACAUACACAUUCUGAGGAACAUUCACAAACAUUCUCCUAUAUCCAUCCAUAGCAACAGAGUUGUUGUAUAUCGACACCUAGUGUCUCUCUCUCCCAGGGAAAGCUUAUUCAAACCCAGAAGAGUGGAUUCUUUCCUAACAACUGUGUAAAGCCUUGUUUGGACCCAAAGGUAAAAGACCCCUCACAUACACAUUAAUUCACUCACUAAUGAUUCUACUCUAUUUAUAUACUCUCUAAUGCUGAUUUUGUUGUUGUCACCACAGCCUUUGUUCCAGUCCUUCCCCAGCCGGCAGCCCUCAAGGGAAACAGACUACUAUGGAUACCCCUGGUAUGACCCUUCACCUUGGAUACUAUCAGACAUGUUUCAAAAGUUGGGAUGUCCUCAUUUUGAAGUGAUGAUUCAGUCUAGUUUGCAAGUACUAUCUCGUCAUUUCUCUGCAGUAAAUAAAUGGUAUUACUGUGGUAUUACUAUGUUAGGACAGUGUAUUACUAUGUUACUACGGUGUAUUACUAUGUUAGGACAGUGUAUUACCAUGUUAAGACAGUGUAUUACCAUGUUAAAACAGUGUAUUGCUAUAUUAAGACAGUGUAUGACUAUGUUAGGACAGUGUAUUACUAUGUUAAGACAGCGUAUUACUAUGUUAAGACAGCGUAUUACUAUGUUAGGACAGUGUAUUACUAUGUUAGGACAGUGUAUUACUAUGUUAAGACAGUGUAUUACUAUGUUAGGACAGUGUACUACUAUGUUAUGACAGUGUAUUACUAUGUUAGGACAGUGUAUUACUAUGUUAAGACAGCGUAUUACUAUGUUAAGACAACGUAUUACUAUGUUAGGACAGUGUAUUACUAUGUUAGGACAGUGUAUUACUAUGUUAAGACAGCGUAUUACUAUGUUAAGACAGUGUACUACUAUGUUAAGACAGUGUAUUACUAUGUUAGGACAGUGUAUUACUAUGUUAAGACAGUGUAUUACUAUGUUAACACAGUGUAUUACUAUGUUAGGAGUGUAUUAUUAUGUGUAUCUGUAGUCCUUCAGUGACCUGUGUUCCACCUCAAUGUCCCUUCAGGUUUGCUGGCAACAUGGAGCGGACACAGGCUGACAACCUGUUGAAGUCCCACAGCAGUGGAACAUACCUGAUCAGAGAGAGGACUGCUGAGGCAGAAAGGUUCGCCAUCAGCAUCAAGUGAGUGUUGUUUACCCUCUGCCCUAGGAAAGCUAAGUAAAAUAGACUUCUCUGUAUCUCUAACACUAACAAACCUCCAUUCCGUCGCGUACUUUAUAGUGCAAGUCACUUUAUUGAAUGACUCAAUUUUUGUAGUGUACAUUACCAGAAAGUUGUCAUACAGUUUGGGAUGCCAUUAGAGUUAGACCAUGCCCACUCUGUCCAUUCCCUUCCAUGUGAUUCCUCUGUAGUCACUGCAGUACUUUUGUCUCCGACAGGUUCAAUGAUGAAGUGAAGCACAUUAAAGUCAUUGAGAAAGACAGCUGGAUCCACAUCACUGAGGCUAAGAAGUUUGAGAGUCUACUGGUAAUAGAGCUUUCAUCAAUCAGUCACAUAAUGUCCCAUACUACUUCUAAUGCUUAAAUGAUGAAUGAAUGACCCUAUUGCUUCUUUCUCUUGUGUUCUGUCUGACAGGAGUUGGUGGAGUACUAUCAGUCUCAUUCGCUGAAGGAGAGUUUCAAACUGCUAGACACAACGUUGCGAUAUCCCUACAAAUCUAGAGAACGAGGGCCGGCAUCACGGGCCAGCACCCGUUCUCCAGGUGAGCCCAUCCCUGGUGAGCCUUCCUCCUCCCUCUUCCUCUACUGUCUGAUAAUACCACAGACGCACACAUAGCAGACAUCCCUAUUCAGAGUUAGUGCAUGCAUUCUUCCAGAGUGUGCAGGGCUAUGGGCACAGAGUUAACUGACAGGGACAGGCUGCCGGUUUGUUUCUCCUCCCGCCCCUCUCCUCCCAGAACAGGAGACACCCAGCCAGGCCAGUCACUUUGCAGGGCUCGGUCCCUCCCAGAGUCACCACUUCCCAUGACCUAACCAACCCGCCAAAGAGAGAGGGAGGGGGGAAGGCUGGGCUGGGGCUCCUGGCAGCUGUCUCAGGCCCUGGGCUGGCUGGCUGGCCGGCCAGCUGAAUAGGCUCUGUUGAACACCCUCCAUCAUUAGAUGUGUAAUAAAUGAUUUGGCUCUGGUCUCUGCUCUGGCCAGACUCCCACAGGGGCCUGCCUUUGUUUGCUCCCUCUCCUGCCAGACCCAACUGGCAUCAACAACACAUUUUUCCCCUCAAUUUUUCUGGUCAUUGUGUGGAAAUGGUUGGAGAGAUGAAUGGGGGCCUGUUGAUUUGUGUGUGUGUGUGGGAUGGAGGGGUUGGAAGGGGCGUGCUCCAGGGGAGAGGAGAGGGGCUGGCUGGACAGGAGCAGGAUUCAGCGCCUCUGGUGGUUUGGGCAUUUGUCAGGAUUGGUGUUUCAGUGUGUGAGGCAUGGGUAUAGAAUGGUGUAGUGUUUUUUCCCCUCUUGAUUUAAGCUAUUUCUUCCCAUGGGGGCUAUCUGUCCAAAGCCCUGUGUGUUGGCCACCUUGAUCUCUGGCCAGCUAUUACACACUCCCUAAUGAGUUUCCUUUCUCUCUCUCUUUCUCUUUCUUUCUCACUUUCUUUUUCUCUCUUCCACUGCCUGUCUCAGCAGCCAUUGGCGCUUCCUACAACUUCUCCUUCCUCAGUCCUCAGGGUCUCAACUUCUCCUCUCAGAGCUCAGCCCCCUUCUGGUCAGGUACGCUCUCCUUCCUUAUCUUCAGCUCUUCUUCUUCUUCCCUCUGUCCUCUAGCAUGCCACCUCUCCUCUCUUUUCACAUCCCUUUUCAUCCCAUACUCUUUCAUAGCUGUCAAAGGUUCUCAUCUCUGUUGUCAUGUGUCAUCACUGUCAAUGACAUUGUUUGGAGCAUAUAUAGGCUGUGCGACUUUAUCUUUGUGUCAUCACUGUGCCAUCAUUGAGUAACUGGUUUCUUUAGAAAGUCAAAGUCAAAUUGAAUCAAGGUGUAGAAUAUAUCUCCUCCAUACCACUCAUGUACAAUCCUCUCCCCCAACCCUAAUCUCCACUACUGUCUGUAAAUGUUGUGCACUCACCCAGGAUCUGUAUCUGUGGGCCACCAAUGUGUCUGGUCUCUCAGCACUGUUAUCCCACUGACUAGCUCUGAUGUCAUUGUUGCAGUGUUCACGCCGAGGGUGGUCAGCACAGCGGUGGCCAGGUACAACUUUGCAGCACGGGACAUGAGGGAGCUGUCACUCAGAGAAGGGGACAUCGUCAAGAUCUACAGCAAGAUUGGAGGAGACCAGGGCUGGUGGAAGGGAGAGGCCAACGGCAGGGUGAGAGAACAAAUAUAGGAGUGGCUUAAGAGAUGGGAUUCAUGAUAUUACAAUGUUCUAACUAUAGCAAUUGUUGUGUAAUUACACAAGUAUGAGAGCAUCUUAAUGUAAAGUGUUUCCGCAAAGUGAAGUCUACAAUGUUAAUGCCUAAUCUAGCAUUUGCCUCACUGAAAUCUAGAAGCCUUUCUGUAGGCUACACCAUUAGAAUUUUGACAAGUUCCUGAUCUCAUUGUUGACAUUUCAGAUUGGCUGGUUUCCCUCAACAUACGUUGACGAAGAAGGAGUU